AUAAAAAUCAAAUAGUACAUUGUGAAAUAGUAACAAAUCGGAUAAAUAAACGAAAGAAGAAAAAUGUCGUCAACAGAGAAACGAACUGAAUUUGAGGAAGGAUUUGACAAAAUUUUUCAGACGUUCAAAAAAUAUGCAAGGGGCGGGGUUGAAGGUGGAAGUGAUGACAAACUCGAGAAAGACGAAAUGAGGAGAUUGGUUAAGGAAGAGUUCAAAGGAUAUUUGGGGAUUUGUGACGACUUAUCAGUUGAUAAAAUCUUCGAGGAGUUCGAUGAAGAUAAAUCAGAUUCUGUCGAUUUCGUUGAGUUUUUGAAAAUCGUGGCUAAACUUGCUCAAAAUGCUAAAAUUGUAGAUCGUCUCGCCGAAGACAACAGGAAAAAAUGAUUCACCAAUAACGAAAUCACCUGCCAUAAACAUUAUAUGAUAUGAGGGAUAAGCGGGUCUCGGUAAUUACUGAAAAGAGCAACAGAAAACUGUACGGGUGAGAAGAGGUGAAGAAAACUUCGGAAGAUUUUGCUUAGACCAGGGGUGUGUAACCUUUAAUACAAGGGGGUCUGAUACAAAUACCUGGGUGAAACCGAGGGCCGCACCCUUAUUUAACAUAGGCUUUCUAGUAGUUGCAAGCACGAAAAUUUUGAUUAUUGAUCUUAUGACAUGCCCUGUUUGCUUCGCACAGGCUAACCGUUAUGGUAUUGUGACGUCAUAGGGAUAUAUACCAGAUUAAACUAAAAUAAGAAUUCGUUUCGCGGGCCGCAUACCAUUGAAAAUUGGCACUUUCCUGCGAGCCGCAGGUUGCACACCCCUGGCUCAGACCACUGAUACCAAAAUAUGCUCCAUUGUAGCCAAUCGAAAGAAGCCUAAUUUGUAUCAACUUAUGCUACGUGUUGAUAGGAAGUUUUUCAAUACCAGAGGCGAAUCUACCAAACUUGCGCGUCUAAUUCAUUCACCUCUUUUUUCCCGCACUUUGUCUGUUCACUCUUUUCAGUAAUUACCGACUUUGCUUCGAAUAUUUAAUGGAAUUUCUAGUCGUUGUAUUGUAGUAGUAUUGUGAUUGUAGCAAAUGUAUAAGUUCUCCAAUAAAGCAGUGAUGUGA